UUAGCUUAUUUGACACAAAUGUUUAUACGUUAUGUGAAACGGAACGUGUGUUUUCCAUAUUUUCGCAUUUGUCGGCCUUUAUUGAAAGUUGAAACUAUUUAUUAUAUGAAAGAAAAUUAUGAAAGAUAUGAAUUCAGCACAAAACAACGUUUCGGAUUUGUUAAAACUAGCCCGCAAGUUUAAUUCUUUCUACCUCUCAGGUUUACAUCAAGGAAUAUGUAAGCCCUUCAUAGUGGCUGGGCAUCAAGUUGGUCUUGUCCGACCUGAUGUUUUAAAAUAUUUGCAGCGUUUCCCAGAGGUGUUCAGAAUCGCCGGGAAAUAUGUGGAAUUAAAUCCUGCUUUUAGAGAUUACAAAGAAAGGACCACAAGAGUUGCUGAUGUCCUGCAAAAACUGAGGAAGGAGAAUGAGAUAUGCGCAUUAAAAGGAUGGAGAGAUGAGUGUUUUGAAGUCAGCACUGCGUUUUAUCAAGAGAGCCUAUUGGAGAUGGACAGGAGUGCCAUAUGCCUAUUUGGUAUUAGAAAUUAUGGCGUCAGUGUCACCGGCUAUCUCAAUCAUCCCAGUAAAGGACUAUGCAUUUGGUUACAGCAGCGGAGUUUUACCAAACAAACAUGGCCUGGUAAAUGGGAUUGCUUUGUUAGCGGUGGUCUCGCAGUGGGAUUUGGUAUUCUAGAGACAACUAUAAAAGAGGCCGCAGAAGAGGCAUCUGUGGAGGGAGAAUUGGUAAAAAAAUUGGUACCAGCUGGCUGUGUAAGUUUCUAUUUUGAAAGCGAGCGAGGCCUGUUUCCAAACACGGAGUACGUUUAUGACCUUGAACUGCCUUUGGAUUUCGUACCGCAAAACGCUGAUGGCGAAGUCGAGAGCUUCGAGCUGCUCACUGCUGAGGAAUGUAUACAGCGAGCUCUCUCGCCUCAGUUCAAGACCACCAGUGCACCAGUACUCAUAGAUUUCCUCAUACGUCGAGGUUAUAUCAAUCCGGAGAACGAGCCAAACUAUCGGUACUUGGUCGAGUUGUUGCACGUACCGUUGCAGUCUAUUUACAAUUGGCCGUUCACUCACAUGGUCGCCGCGGCCGCCGUCAACGGAGACGACCAAGGCAUAUACGACGACAACUAAUUUUCCAUUCGUGCAUAGAUUAGUGAAUUUAAAAAAAAAACAGAUACAAAAAAAAAUGCUGUGCUGUCGUUCAUUUUGUAUUAUUUUUAGUUUAGAUACCUACAUUGAAAAAUGUGAUGUAUUUAGUGAGAUUAUAUUUUUUCAUUGUCAGACAAUUAUUAUUUAACUAAACGACAAAUGUAUUAUUAUAUUGUAACUGGUAUUGUGUGUGCAUUUUUGUUUAACAAACAAUUAAUUUUUAUGUGAUCGUAUAGUAUUUAACUUCGGUUUUCGCCAGUGAUGGAUUAACGUCUAGGGCGGCAACAUUUUUGAAAUGCCAAAAUUUCAGAGGCAAAAAAAAAAUAUAGUCAGUCUUCUUUGAAAAUGAAUUCAGAUUAAUUUUUCAACAAAGCAAUAACAAAGGGCCGUUAGAAGUUUUAUCGGCUGGAGAUUUCAUUUGAAAAUGUUCCUUUUUAUAAAAAUCUUAACGCCCAUUUUGCACUAAACUUUUGUGGUUUUAACACGAUGCUUAAACCAUUUAGGAUAAAUUUAAUUAAAACAUGUGUUGCAAUAGACUUGAAGUAAUAUUAUAAAUGUUAUUGUCAGCCGUAGUUUUAUGAAACCGAAUGUGUAGAUCCAACUACAUGUUUACUUACACACCAGUGAUUAAAAUUUGUUUAAUUAUUUAUUUUUAUUAACAAUGUUACCGCAUUCUGGAGUUUUAAGAGUCUUUGGUGACGUUAAUUUUUAGGAUAAAAUAUCGUUUUGAACCUCUGGGUCUACGUAGGAAUUACGGCUCCCAGUGUAUUGCGUACCGUAUGAUUCGUGGGCAGUGUUCAGAGGAGCUAUUUACGAUAAUCCCGUCAUCCCCAUUUUUCCAGCACCACCCACCAUCACAGUGCAGUUCAUGCUUUAAAGAACAAAAUGUACAAUCUUAUCAGUCAUCCUGUGCUUUACCUCCACAAGCUCCUUUGGCUCCUUCUGAAAUGCUGGUGGACAAGGCCUACAAUCUAUUUCUUCAGUAAUAACGCAUUUCGGUUACAAAAGUAGACCCGUACGCGAGACUUCAGAUUUAUGUAUGUAGUUAAACAACGACAACCACGUUCUCAUGGUUGUUCCAUCACGAAAUUUAACGUACAUAUGUUAUGAGCGCUAUGACAUGUCCUUCUUCAAACGAGGCUUGUGGAGAGUAUUAAGCGGUAGGCAGCGGCUUGGCUCUGCCCCUGGCAUUGCUGAAGUCCAUGGGCGACGGUAACCACUCACUAUCAGGUGGGCCGUGCGCUCGUCUGCCUACAAGGGCAAUAAAAAAAUAAAAAAAAACAUAUUAAGUGUAUUAAUAACGCUUAAAUUUUGAUAAAGAAUAAAUAAUCUUCUAAAAUUGCCCGUGAUGACGUCAAAAAAAUAUUUUCCUUUGGAUAGGUGAAUACAAAUCUAUCUUUAAUUAAACACAAAUCGAAUGUUUGGCCUAUAUGCGUUCCUAAACUGUUCAUAUGAUUGUGAUGUAACUUUGACACUGCCAGGGAAUAUUUACUUUGAAAGUCCUGUGUGCGUUUUCUAACGUUCUCGAUAACGUAAAAGUUAACUGAAAUGUGUAUGGAGUUGGAAGGUUUGCCUACGUUUACCGCUAGAGGCGCUGUCCCAACUGCAUACAAAUUUGAGUUAACUUUUACGCUAUCGAGAACGUUAGAAAUUCGUACUAAGCACACUGAACGUAAUGUAACAUACGUAAUACAAAAUGUAAUAGAUAAUUUAUAAUACCUAAUAUGACAGUUGGUUAGUUAAUUAAGGCUUAAGAACACUGAUCGAUCUGUAUUCUAUGAAAACAGUAAUCAUUCUCUAUUAAAAAAUCUCACUGUACAUAAUUAUAUUAUUUAAAGUUUGAUUAAAUGCUUCACAGCUACUUAGAUGAUAAAUAUACAUAAUGUUUUUUUUUUUUCCAUUUUAACUUUGUUCGUGUUAUUUUUGUAUAGUUUCGUGUAAAAGGAAAAUUAUAUCAUUAAAUAUUAUCAUUAAAUACUAUCAUUAGUAAUCUUAUCACGAUUUUUGUAGAAAAAAAACGGCUGCGUCAGGAAAUAUGUUGCGUUUUAACCGAUUUCAAAAUAAAAAUGAAGAGAAGGCAUACAUUUUAUUAACUUAUUUACUACUUAAGUUCGAAAAUGACAAAAAAGAGUUUUCAUCUCACUAUACCUAAUUAGCUAAAGUUGUUAACUAUCAUAAUGCAAUAUUUAGGUUAUCGAGGCCUUAGUGUAGGAAGUUUGGAGUAAUAGUUAAGUUAAAGAAUUAGAUGUUGUGGUUGACUAUUGCACUACUGUCACGUCUGAGUCUAUUUCAUUAGAGAAAAAUCACUGAACCGAAUUACAAUUUUUAUUUUAUUUUGAUGCGAAAAAAAUGGAGUGUGGACGUAGAUUAAAAUACAUUUUUUAAGUAUACGAUUUAAAGAUAUCGAAUGACACCGUUGUGGGAAUGUAUUGUUUACAGGCAUAUUUUGACACACGAAUAUCGAGUAAUUUGGAAUAUUUUAAUUUGAAAGUGACCUAUAACAAGUCAACUGUUAUUUCACUAAACAAUAUUGUUGAUACAAUCUGUAUGUUACGCAGGAUAGUAACCUAUGAAGAAGAUUGCUAACAGAAUUUACAGUGAACAUAAAUAAAUAACAUUCAAAUACUCGAUAGCAAUACAAGCAGACCGUGAAAACUAAAAAGUUGGAAAUUUUAUUUGGAUAAUUUAAUUUUAAAUGAUUAAUUUAAUUUGAUUUAAUUUUUUUUGUAUACCCACUAAGCCAUCAAGGAUUCGACAACUGACACGAACCAUUUCUGAUAUCAACAAUAUUUUGAUUUUAUUAUGUUUAACGUUCGAAUAAUUUAAUAAUAGUUUGAUCUUUACCAUUAAGAUUCAAAGAUCCCUUUUACCGUGCUAAAUACGGCCUAAACUUCUAUUCUCAUUCGAAUGAUUGCAAUUCAAUUUUUAAUAGGAACUUUUUAUCAAGGGUAAUAUUUAAAAAAAAACUAAAUUACUGAUUACAGUAUGCAACAUGUUCGCGGUACCUUGAAAUUAUUCAAGGUACCGCGAACAUGUUGCAUAGCUUGGUCAGUAACUAUUUGGUUAUCAAUGUAAAAUUAAAUAGAAAAUUGUUUAUUUCAUAUAAAAUUAACUUCAUCUUAGAGAUCAACGCUUAGUCGACAGAAAAUGUUUAAAGUUUUUUUUUUCAGUACACACUAUAUCGGAGCGUGCGAAUAUUUGUUCUUACCUUAAAUGCGUGAAUAUCUAAUAUACCACAUGUACAGAAAAAAAAGUGCAAUAAAACGUUUGAACCGGGGUUAAACAGUCUUUGGUACGUUGACAAGGCUCAGAUGUGAUAGUAAUGUUAAUUAUAUUGUUACACUACUGCCGUCUAGGUACUUAAAAUGGUAGUUAACCAAUGUGCAACCUAAUGUAGUAUUUAAACAGUGACAUUGUUUUAAAAAUACAUAGUAACGUGUCCGAUGUUUUAUACAAUUUUAUAGACGCGGUAUUGGCGUAAGAUUUUGUAAGAAUAAUGUAAAUGUAUCCAAAUUACGAAUGUAUUCCAUACAUAUAUUUGCGAUAGUAACAAGAUAGCGUUUUUCUUAAAUAAAAUUUUAAUGUUAA